AUGUCACGAAGUCCUUAUAUCGUCCCCGCGCUGAAAAAGCACACCGCCACGGUGAUCAUGGCCCACGGAUUGGGCGACAGCGGUGCGGGAUGGGUGUCGAUUGCUCACAACUGGCGCCGUCGCGGCAUGUUCGAUGAAGUGACUUUUAUAUUCCCCAAUGCGCCCGCGAUUCCGGUCACAGUGAACAGGGGAAUGACAAUGCCUGCAUGGUUUGAUAUUGCCACAUUUGGUCGCGAGUUCGAUUUCGAAGAAGCCCCCAAGCACCAGGACGAACCUGGCAUGCUCCGAUCCCGCGAAUACUUCGACUCCCUGGUUAAGGAACAGAUCGAGAAAGGCAUCAAGGCGUCGCGAAUCGUCCUCGGUGGCUUUUCGCAGGGCGGAGCAAUGUCCCUAUUCUCGGGAAUUACAAGCAAGGAGAAGCUCGGAGGUGUCUUCGGUCUCUCGUGCUUCAUGCCUCUCACUGACCGCAUCCAAAAUUAUAUGCCCGAGGCAUUCCCAAAUAAGCAAACUCCGAUCUUCAUUGCCCACGGUGAAGAGGACCCGGUCAUCCCCCAUGAAUUUGGCAAGCUGUCGGCUGAGUUUGUGAAGAAGUUGGGAAUCGAGGACGUUUCAUUCAAAUCUUAUCCUUAUCUUGGCCACUCGGCUGAUGCGACUGAAAUGGAGGACCUCGAGAACUUCCUGCACAAGGCUUUACCUUCAGUGGGAGACAGCGAGGCUACACCAGACUUAUGA